AUGAUAGCCAAUGCACCUACUCGCGUUGUUUCUGUUUUAUUAAAUAAUCGAAACAAAUUUCUACCAAUUCUUGGCUUUCCAUUAACAUCGGAGAAUGCUCGUCAACUUGAUAUAAGCGUACACAAUAAAGAAUUACAAAAGUAUGCUAAUCAUGAAGAAUACGCUAGUACCUUGGAUUUUAAAAAUUUUAUUUGGUUAGGCGGUUAUGGCGAAGAACGAAAUAUUUACUCACAAGCAAGUCUAUUUUCUCAAGAUGCUCGUUGUAUACAUUUAGGUGUUGAUAUAGCACAACCGGCAAAUACACCAAUCUAUGCUCCACUCAAUGGACGUAUUCAUAGUUUUAAAAAUAAUGAUAAACCAUUUGAUUAUGGACCAACCAUCAUUCUUGAACAUGUACUUGAGGAUGUUCAUUUUUAUACACUUUAUGGACAUUUAAGCUUAAUUAGUUUAAAAGACCUAUCUAUUGGACAAUCAAUUGAAGCAGGUCAACUUGUUGGUUAUAUUGGAGAAAAAAAUGAAAAUGGUGGUUGGAAUCCACAUUUACAUUUUCAAAUAAUAUCUGAUAUGGACAAUAUGCAAGGUGAUUAUCCUGGUGUAGCAUCAAAAGAAGAAGCAUUAGCAAUGCUUCAUAAGUGUCCUGAUCCACAAUUAAUUCUUGGCUUUCCUGAAAAACCAAUUAUCUACUAA